AUUGUGCAGCUUCCUGUACAAGCUAGCUAACCUUUGACUGAGCCGUGUCGAUUAAAACAACACAUUUAACGGCAGGAGCGCGGACGAACGUGUCCACAAACAUGCCGACGGACAGUCUGAACCUGGAGUCGCAACUGCUGUCCAUCAUGGACGUGCUGGUGAAGGCGGCGGUGCUGGAAAUCAGUCAGCUCUUCUCGGAGAACUCGACGUCGUUGCGCCUUCACCUGAGCCAGAGCCUGAGGGAGAACGAGACCCUGAGGAUGAGACUGAAAGUGAUGAGGAGCGAACUCUUCACCCUGCGGCUGCAAACCAGAAUCAACCGGCCAACAGGCCGCUUCACUCCAAUCAGAGCUAAUACACCAAAAACUCGCAUCAAACCAAAUGUUGUCAGAACACCUGCAGUGGUACAAAAGCCAGUUCCGGAUUCUGCCCCAAGCUACCUUCAGCCUGACUCAAAGACAGCCUCUCCUGUUAAGGAAGAAUCUGCAGAUGUCAUCCUGAUCAACGAUGAAGAUGAUGUUGGAAGGUGUGCUCCUAUUGAGGAUGAAAACGAUUUCCAAGGUUCUCAGAACAAUGCUGUUAUUUGCACAAACGCCGAGGCUGUUGGUAGUUCUUCUGACCUGCUCGAUAAUACUGAAGAGCUGAGAAUAGUGAGCGUCCAUGGAGGAGGCGAAGGGCCUUCACAGGAAGACAGCAAUUUGUUCUUCACAGCGUCUGACUUGCGGGGUCUCAGCUCACUGUCUUCUGAAAAGGCAAUCACCCAUGAUAGCUUUCUGAAUUUCACGGCCAGUGAUUCAGCUCCAGGAAGUGGAAUGCCCAGAAACAGUCAGAGAAAUCACUCCCCUCAAAUAAAUGUGAUGAAAGCACUCACAGGAAUUGAAGGUAAAGGAGGUCAUCCAAGUCACAUCAGUCAGCUGAGUCCCAUGGGUCUCCAGUCUCCUGCCAAGUCACUCGACUGUGGCUUCUGCGGGGAACGUUUUCUAAACCGUGAAGACUUCAUUGCACACCGAGCUACUCAUACAGGCGAGCAGCCAACGACUUGCCCCAUGUGCGGCAAGUCAUUCGUGAACAAGAACACUCUGACCAUCCACAUGCGCAUCCACACUGGGGAGAAGCCGUAUGCUUGCGGGCAGUGUGGCAAACGCUUCACCCAGAACGGCAGCCUUAAGAUCCACCUGAGGACUCACUCGGGGGAGAAACCGUACUCCUGCACCCAGUGUCCCGCCAGCUUCAAUAACCCCAGCAACCUGCGAAGACACAGGAUCACGCAUAACACCAACACUUUGCUCGGACCAUGAGCGAUACAAUAUACCAAUUUGUUUUGAUUUAAUUUAAGCUUAAAUUGUUAGUAUGAGCGCAGCAGAUACCAAACUGGUAUCAUUUACCAGAUGAUCAACAAUGUUUUAAUAAUUGUAAUAAUAUGGAGUGAAUCUCAAAUGCCUUUCUAAUGUUCUUUCCCCAAUUAUUUAUUUUUUAUAAAUAUAAAAUGUGUGGAAGGAUUUGUGUGACUUAACGCCUCAUUUUCAAACACUAUUGAAAUUAGCUGUUUAUCUUGGAUAAAUAUUGACAGAAUAGCAUAAAUAACAUAAGAUACACCCCUUGAAAGAUUGUUCAACAAAUAGUUUUCUUUAUAAGCAUAUAUAAAUGUCGUUGAUAAAGUUAGUGUUUAGUAGUGAUGUUUUCCCUGUAAACAAAAACUAUCUACCUCUGUAUUUCAGCUUUAUUUUAUUUCCUUAUGUUAACAUAGAGCAAUAAAUUGUGUGUGUGUGUGUGAAUUGCACAGCUCCAUUUGUAGUUUGUAUAUUUAUUAUUAAAGAAAUGCU